AUGGAUUCAACUCGAGCUCUUCGAAACUUGGUACUCGAGCAAUCUCGCCGUCGCAGAAAGCUGCGAGAUAACAUCUUGGGUAUAACCAAACCGGCCAUUCGCAGACUUGCUCGCCGUGGAGGAAUUGUCCGCAUGAAAAGUGAUAUUUAUGACGAAGCCCGUAGGGCUAUCCGUGACCGCCUGACAGAAGUUGUUACUACCCGUGACGUCAUCUAUGCCUUGAACAGAGUAAGUCUUUCUUCAUUCUUAGCAUUAUAG